AUGUUCGGCUCUGUGCUGCUCUGCUGCACCUCCUUCAGUCUGCUGCGUCUCUCUUCUUCUCUGGUUCAUGGAAACAUCCAACUGGAUGAUGGUCCAGCCGCCGCCCGCCGCACCGACACCUCCUUCCUGUCAGACAUUGCAGAGAGAAGCCACGCCCCCGACCCCAUGCAGGAGCCCGCCCUCCUGCCUGUUGACUCAGUGGAGGAUCACUUCCUGAUGGACACAGCGUCCUACGAUGAGGACUCGUCAGCAGCCCUGCAGCUUCAGGGUCGAGCCAUGCGUUCAUCGCGACGCUGCAUCCCCCACCAGCAGUCCUGUCUGGGUUACCCACUGCCCUGCUGUGACCGCUGUGACACCUGCUACUGCCGCUUCUUCAACGCCAUCUGCUACUGCCGCCGCGUUGGCCACGAUUGCCCACCCAGACGCACCUGA